CGCCCUUUGAUGGAAAAAGAAGGCGUUGUCGCGAUGUGGUUUGGAGGGCGCUGGAACAUUGUUGCCGGGCAUCCAGACAUGUCGAGAGAAAUCUAUAGUAGAACCGAUGACUUUGUGAAAUCUGGCAACAAUGAAAAGAUUCCCCAUUCUGUUUUGGCAUACUUCUUGGGUGCCAAUAUCAUUUCAACCCGUGAGGAAGCAUGGCAACGCUUCCGCACAGUUCUUGCACCUGGGUUUCGACAGCAUUGGAAGCCUGCCGUCUUUCAAGAAUGCGUGAAGGACAUGAUUGAGGAAAUAGACAAGAAGUGCAAAAAUGCGGAAGUAGUUGAAACAAACAAUCUAAUGCAACGACUCUCAAUGGAUGGUAUUGGAAUGGCCGCGUUUGGCAAAAAAUUCAAUGCCAUCAAAAACCCCAAUACAGCAAUUUCCGUUGCGCAUUCGAUAGUUAAGAAGAGCAUCUUCAAGCCCCUCUUUCUUUUCUUUCCAGUUCUUGAUCGGCUGCCUAUAAAAAGUCGCAUUGAUGCCCGACGUCGCAUUGAUUGGAUGGAGAGCGUGCUGUUUGAAGCAGCUGAAAAGGCCGUUGAAGAGGAUAACCAAGUUCUAACAAUUAUCGCCAGGUUGGUGAAGGCGUAUGAGAGUGGAAUAUUGACGAAGAAGGAAUUCAGGGACAAUUUGAUGGUCAUCUUUGUUGCGGGGCACGAGAAUGUUCAGCAGGCUUUAACGUCGUUGCUUUACCUUCUUGCCAAACACCAGGACGUUCAAGACAAAGCUCGAGCUGAAGUUCAGGCAUACUCGUUAGAAGAGCUAACCACGGCAGAACGCAUGCCUUCGCUCCCUUAUCUCCAAAGAGUUGUAAAAGAAACUCUACGAAUGUACCCACCCAUUCCAAUGCUCAUCAAUCGCUGCACGACUCGUCCCACGUUUCUCGGGCGGUUCAUUAUCCCUGCCCAAACAUAUGUAGGCUGGCACGCUUUUGGAGCGCACCAUGAUCGGCGUGUAUGGAAGGAUCCAGAGGUAUUUGAUCCGGAAAGGUUCGGAGAUGGAGUGGGAAGGUAUGAGUGGGUUCCGUUUUCCGAAGGGGAGCGAAAGUGUCUAGGAAUGAAACUUGCGCUUACAGAAAUGCAAACCAUUGCAGCUGUCUUGCUGCACCAAUACACUUGGGACCUGACUGGGGAUGCAAAAGUCAAGAUGACGCCGGGUGGAUUGCUGGCUCCUGUUGGACUGCGGCUACAGUUUGAGCGGUUAGAGUAA